GGAAAGGUUUCCUCAGCACUUCUCUGCCAUCCAGCUGACGGUUUCUCUGGUUAAGAUGAAACAGGCCGGGUGGAGUGGUUUUCAUCUGACAAAUAUUUUCAUUAUCUCACAUUCUUGGCACCAGAGACCGUGUCGGAAUAACACAUUCACCGGUGUCUGCUUUGAAUUAUGCCCACCCAAGGGUGUCAGAAACAACACAGACCGAAGAUUAACCGACUAUGCAGCCCGUCGGACUAAUGACACUAGAUAGCUCCAGAUAGGCUACCACAAUGUCGUUAAAUAACUUUUGCUUAGUGUAUUUGCAAAUUGGACUGCACAUUUUUGAAAAUAAUUAACUGGACACAAAACAUAAAUAUUAGCCUAAUUUCUAUUAAUUAAGGCAUGUACUUUUGCAGUGCACAUAUCGCCUGCCUUUUUCACCAUAGGCCAUGUUACGAACAAAACUGGAAUAGAUAAUAAUUAUUUUUUUUAUUUGUGUUAGAAACUGGGCUUACAGACAGACAAUUAAAUGUGUCUGAGCGAUGGUUUGAGUCUGUAACAUUUAAAGUUUUUGAAAGAUACUCUAGUGGAAGCCCUUCUAACCAAUCAAAUUAGGGCCCCUGAUCACAUGACGCGUUUCCUUGUCUCAACAAAGACGAUACAGUUAAGUAUCAAGAUAGUUAAAUAUCCUACAAAAACCUCCGUCCGGCAGACCGAAACAUACAAUGUGAAAUUUGGCUUGACGACCGACAAGAGACACCACCAUAAUACACACGCGAGACUCGCUACUCACUAAACGGCUUUUGUUUUUUUGUUAAUAGGCUAUUUUUAUCGGCUAGCAUGUCUGGCGGAGCUAAAGAGGCCGGAAGUAGGCUUCAGUGGCUGCUCUCGCUUCGCUUCAAUACUCUCCAGUUCUCGCCUCUCUGUGGCUGCCAGUAUGGUCGUACUGAAAGGAAUCCCCUCUGUUUUGUCACCUGAACUGCUGUAUGCUCUCGCUAAAAUGGGCCAUGGGGAUGAACUGGUUCUUGGUGAUGCAAAUUUUCCAGCAUCUUCCAUUUGUGCUUGUGGUCCAACUGAGAUAAGAGCUGAUGGUUUGGGAAUACCACAGCUUUUGGAGGCCAUUUUGAAGCUGUUGCCCUUGGAUACCUAUGUCCCCUCUCCGGCUGCAGUCAUGGAUCUGGUAGACAGUGACAAACAGAGGUGUUUAGCUGUCCCUGUGUGGGACACCUACACACAGCUCCUGGGUCAAGCUGGGUCUCAGACUCCUCUUGAGAAGGUGGAGAGGUUUGCUUUCUAUGAACGAGCCAAGAAAUGCUUCGCUGUUGUGGCAACAGGGGAAACAGCUCUGUAUGGUAACCUGAUACUGAAGAAGGGGGUCAUUCCUGCAGAGCUGCUACAGUGACACACACACAUUAAAAGUAAUGAUGAUCUAAUAAUGAUUCAGUCACAACUGUAAUUCUUUCUAGUGAAAAUCAAGAGGUGAAUAUUUUUUGCAUAAAACAAAUUUUCAGUUUUGUUCAGUUUCCACCAGGAGCUGUGAAUUCAAAACAUAAUUUAUUCUUGUUCAUGUGUAAUUAAUACUGUAAAUACAAUCUGAUUAAUCUCCAGUUUACAUGGAGCAGAAAUUAGUUUGUAUUUUUGUAAAUAACUUCUGUGUUGUAUAUACAUUUCAAUAAAUAAAACCCAUGAAGUCUCUGA